AUGGGAUCAGGAUACUUGCAAGACGAUCUGUCUGCUAGUUUCUGCUUGCCCUACUGGAACCAACAGGACACCCAGAGACAUUCCAACUCAAAGGAUGUCGCAGUGAAGCCACCUGACCUAGGGAACAAGCAUCAAGAUCCCUUAGCAAAGAAGAAACGGGAAGUGCUUGCUAAUGGGUUGCCCUACCACCUAAAAAAGAGCCGGUUGCACUAUCACCACUUCCACCAUUACCAUCACCACUACAAUUCAGAUCGGGAGAAUGACCUCAGCCUCUGUCAACAUCUCAGGAAACGGAAGAAGUUCUUUAAAGGGCUCCGACAGCUUAAUCCAGGGCAAAACAGCUGCCGAGACAGUGACAGUGAAAGUGCAAGCGGAGAAUCGAAAGGCUUCCGUCGGAGCAGUUCGAGAGAGAGACUCAGUGACAGCUCCGCCCCUUCCAGCUUGGGAACAGGCUACUUUUGUGACAGCGACAGUGAUCAAGAAGAGAAGUUCAUGUGA